CAAACGCACACCGGGAUGGCCGAAGUGGAGGACACGGCGCAGGCUGUCGGGCCGUCUUGGUACGGCGGGCUGGAGCGCGGAUUUUUUUAUCGACAAACUAAUUACAUCCAUGAAAUGAGCUGCGGAGAAGUUGGGUCUCAUCUCUACAGCCGAAUGUGCUGCGCAGAUGAACGGGACCGAGUUCAGAAGAAGACCUUCACAAAAUGGGUCAACAAACACCUCGUGAAGCACUGGAAGGCAGAGGCCCAGCGACACAUCACCGACCUGUACGAGGACCUCAGAGAUGGGCACAACCUCAUCUCCCUGCUGGAGGUGCUCUCCGGAGAGACUCUGCCUCGGGAGAAGGGCCGAAUGCGCUUCCACAAACUGCAGAACGUCCAGAUCGCUCUGGACUUCCUCAAACACAGACAGGUCAAACUGGUCAACAUCAGGAAUGAUGACAUUGCAGAUGGAAACCCCAAGCUGACUCUGGGCCUGAUAUGGACCAUCAUUCUUCACUUCCAGAUCUCGGACAUUCAGGUGAACGGUCAGUCGGACGACAUGACGGCCAAAGAGAAGCUGCUGCUGUGGUCUCAGAGGAUGGUGGAGGGAUACCAGGGCUUGCGCUGCGACAACUUCACCGGCAGCUGGAGGGACGGGAAGCUCUUCAACGCCAUCAUCCACAAACACAGGCCCACUCUGAUUGAUAUGAGUCAAGUGUACCGGCAGUCCAACCAGGAGAAUCUGGAGCAGGCCUUCAGCGUGGCAGAGAGAGAACUGGGCGUCACCAGACUGUUGGAUCCCGAAGAUGUUGAUGUGCCGCAUCCAGAUGAGAAAUCCAUCAUCACAUAUGUGUCCUCUCUGUAUGAUGCCAUGCCCAGGGUACCAGACAUCCAAGAUGGUGUCAAAGCCAAUGAGCUGGAGCUGCGUUGGCAGGAGUACUACGAGCUGGUCACCAUGCUGCUGCAGUGGAUCAGGCACCACAUCCUUGUUUUUGAGGAGCGGAAGUUCCCCACCAGCUAUGAGGAGAUUGAGGUUCUUUGGCGUCAGUUUCUGAAGUUCAAGGAAACGGAGCUCCCUGCAAAAGAGGCAGACAAGAACCGCUCCAAACACAUCUUCAAGUCUUUUGAGGGUGCAGUUCAGGCCGGUCAGGUCAAAGUGCCGCCAGGUUAUCAUCCUUUAGACGUGGAGAAAGAAUGGGGUCGUCUGCACGUCGCCAUCCUGGAGCGAGAGCGUCUCCUCAGGACUGAAUUUGAGAGGCUGGAGCGACUUCAGAGGAUCGUCAGCAAGGUCCAGAUGGAGUCGGGGGUGUGCGAGGAGCAGCUCAACCAGGUGGAGACUCUGCUGCAGACGGAUGUGAGGCUGAUGAGCUCCGGGAAACCUGCGCAGCACACAGCAGAGAUGGAGGCAGAUCUGGAAAAAGCAGAAGGGAUGAUCCGCCUCCUCUUCAAUGACGUUCAGCUGCUAAAAGAUGGACGCCACCUGCAAGCUGAGCAGAUGUAUCGCAGAGUUUAUCGCCUCCACGAGCGGCUCGUAAACCUCCGCAGCGAGUAUAACCUGCGCCUCAAGUCAGGUGUGACCAUCACGCAGAUCCCCAUGACACAGAUCCCCAUGACCCAAGUCCACACGACCCAGGUCCACACCGCCCAGGUCCUGCAGCAGGCUCCCGUGAGGGUGCGGCCCGAGCUGGAUGAAGUCACGCUGCGCUAUAUCCAGGAUCUGCUGAGCUGGGUGGAGGAGAACCAGCGCCGGGUGGAUGAAGGACAGUGGGGCUCCGACCUGCCCAGUGUGGAGUCCCAGCUGGGCAGCCAACGAGGCCUCCAUCAGUGUGUGGAGGAGUUCCGCUCAAAGAUAGACAGGGCCAAGGCUGACGAGAAUCAGGUGUCACCUGCCAGUAAAGCUGCAUACCGUGACUAUCUGGGAAAACUGGAGCUACAAUAUGGCAAGCUCCUGAACUCCUCAAAGGCCCGUCUGCGCUACAUGGACCAGCUUCAUGCCUUUGUCACCGCAGCAACCAAAGAGCUGAUGUGGCUGAAUGAGAAAGAGGAAGAGGAGGUCAACUACGACUGGAGCGAGCGAAACACCAACAUGGCAGCCAAGAAGGAAAACUACUCGGGUUUGAUGAGAGAGCUGGAGCUCCGGGAGAAGAAAGUGAACGGUGUCCAGACCACAGGAGACAAACUGCUGAGGGACGGACACCCAGCCAAGAAGACCAUAGAGGCCUUCACUGGAGCCCUGCAGACUCAGUGGAGUUGGAUCCUCCAGCUGUGCUGCUGCAUUGAAACCCACCUGAAAGAAAACACUGCCUACUUCCAAUUUUUCUCUGACGUGAAGGAGGCGGAGGAGAAGCUCAAAAAGAUGCAAGACACAAUGAAGAGGAAGUACACCUGCGACCGCUCCAUCACGGUCACGCGGCUGGAGGAUCUACUGCAGGAUGCAGCUGAUGAGAAGGAGCAGCUGAAUGAGUUUAAAACUCACCUGGAAGGCCUGAAGCGGAGAGCCAAGACCAUCAUCCAGCUGAAACCACGAAACCCUGCUACUCCGAUAAAGGGAAAGCUGCCCAUCCAGGCUGUUUGUGACUUCAAGCAGAUGGAGAUCACCGUCCACAGAGGAGACGAAUGUACUCUGCUGAACAACUCGCAACCCUACAAGUGGAGAGUGCUGAAUGAUAAAGGCAGCGAGGCAGCCGUACCAUCCAUCUGCUUCCUGAUUCCGCCUGCCAACAGGGAUGCUGUGAACAGCGUCGCUGGGCUGGACGGAAACCUCCAGAGGCUGCAGAACAUGUGGCAGGUGCUGUUUGUGGACAUGAAGAGCCUGCUGUCCUGGCAGUACCUGAUGAGAGACAUCCACAUCAUCAACAGCUGGAACAUCAGCAUGUUUAAGACCCUGAGGGUGGAGGAGUACCGACUAGCACUGAGGAACCUCGAGCAGCACUAUCAGGACUUCCUGAGAGACAGCCAGGACUCUCAGACGUUCGGGGCUGAGGACCGCAUGCAGGUGGAGUCCAACUACAACCGAGCCAACCAGCACUACAACACAAUGGUCAGCUCUGCAGAGCAAGACUAUGUGCCGCCCCGGGCAGGAGAGCAAGACGAGACCGUGUGCAAAACCUACCUGACGAAGAUCAAGGACCUUCGGCUGAGGCUGGAGGGCUGCGAGAAUCGUACGGUGACGCGUCUUCGGCAGCCUGUGGACAAAGAGCCGCUGAAAGCCUGCGCCCUGAAGACUGCAGAGCAAAUGAAAGUCCAGUCUGAGCUGGAGGGCUUGAAGAAAGACUUGAGCUCCAUUGCUGAGAAGACGGAGGAGGUUCUGGCAUCUCCUCAGCAGUCCAGCUCCGCCCCGGUGCUGCGCUCCGAACUGGACAUGACUCUUAAAAAGAUGGAGCAUGUUUACGGCCUCUCCUCCGUCUACCUGGACAAGCUGAAGACCAUCGACAUUGUGAUCAGAAACACUAAAGAUGCAGAAGACACACUGAAGAAUUACGAGACUCGUCUGCGUGACGUCAGCAAAGUGCCAGCUGAUGAGAAGGAAGUGGAGGAUCAACGCAGUCAGCUGAAGUCGAUGCGUGCUGAAGCAGAGACCGACCAGGUGGUAUUCGACCGCCUACAGGACGAGCUCAGGAGGGCGACGGCCAUCAAUGACAAAAUGACGAGGAUUCACAGCGAGCGCGAUGCCGAGCUGGAGCAUUACCGGCAGCUGGUUAGCAGCCUCCUGGAGCGCUGGCAAGCUGUGUUUGCACAGAUGGACCUGAGGCAGCGGGAGCUAGGCCUCCUCGGGCGCAACAUGAACUCUUACCGUGAAAGCUACGAGUGGCUCAUCCGCUGGCUCGAGGACGCGAGGCAGAGGCAGGAGAAAAUCCAGGCUGUACCAAUCGGUGACAGCAAGGCUCUCAAGGAGCAGCUGGCACAGGAGAAGAAACUCCUGGGAGAAAUUGAGAAAAACAAGGAGGAGAUUGAAAACUGCCAGAAAAAUGCAAAGGCUUAUAUCGACUCUGUCAAGGACUACGAGUUCCAGAUCUUGACAUACAAAGCCCUCCAGGACCCCAUCGCAUCUCCUCUAAAAAAGCCCAAAAUGGAGUGUGCAUCAGAUAACAUCAUUCAGGAGUAUGUUACGCUGAGAACCCGCUACAGUGAGCUGAUGACUCUCACCAGCCAGUACAUCAAAUUCAUCAUAGACACACAGCGCCGCCUGGAGGAGGAGGAGAAAGCUUCUGAAAAGGUUAAAGAAGAGGAGAGGAAAAGGAUGGCAGAGAUGCAGGCGGAACUAGAUAAGCAGAAACAGCUGGCUGAAGCUCAUGCUAAGUCUGUGGCCAAAGCAGAGAAAGAGGCAGAGGAGCUCAAAUUAAAGAUGAAGGAAGAGGCCAAUAAGAGGCAAGAUGUUGCAGUGGAUGCUGAAAAACAGAAGCAAAACAUUCAGCAGGAGCUGCAUCAGCUGAAGAGUCUGUCAGAGCAGGAGAUCAAGUCCAAGAACCAGCAGCUGGAAGACGCGCUAACCAGUCGUACAAAGAUCGAGGAAGAAAUCCACAUAAUUAGAAUUCAGCUGGAAACAACGAUGAAACAGAAGAGCACAGCUGAGAAUGAGUUACAGCAGCUCAGAGACAAAGCUGGUGAGGCUGAGAAGCUCAGGAAGGCUGCUCAAGAGGAGGCGGAAAGGCUUCGCAAGCAGGUGACUGAAGAGACUCAGAAAAAGAAAAAUGCCGAAGAUGAGCUCAAACGCAAAUCUGAAGCAGAGAAAGAGGCGGCCAAACAAAAGCAGAAAGCGCUGGAUGACCUGCAGAAGUUUAAACUACAAGCUGAAGAGGCAGAGAGGCGCAUGAAACAAGCUGAGGAGGAAAAAUUGAGACAGAUUAAAGUUGUAGAAGAGGUGGCACAGAAGACUGCUGCCACACAGCUGCAAACCAAAGCCAUGUCAUUCAACGAACAGGCAACAAAACUGGAAGAAUCUCUCAAGAAAGAGCAGGGAACUGUUCUUCAGCUGCAGGAGGAAGCUGACAAACUCAGGAAACAACAAGAGGAAGCUAACAAAGCCAGGGAGCAAGCAGAGAAAGAGCUGGAAACAUGGAGACAGAAAGCCAACGAGGCCCUCCGCUUGAGGCUACAAGCUGAGGAGGAAGCUCAAAAGAAGAGUCAGGCUCAAGAGGAAGCAGAGAGGCAGAAGGUUGAAGCAGAGCGAGAUGCCAAGAAAAGAGCAAAAGCUGAAGAGGCUGCACUUAAGCAGAAGGACAAUGCAGAAACAGAGCUGGAAAAACAGAGGAAAUUUGCUGAACAGAUAGCUCAGCAAAAACUAUCUGCAGAGCAAGAAUGCAUCCGCCUAAAGGCUGACUUUGAGCACGCUGAACAGCAGAGGGGCCUGUUGGACAGUGAGCUCCAGCGACUGAAGAACGAGGUGAACGCUGCAGAAAAACAGAGAAAACAGCUCGAAGACGAACUGGCUAAAGUUAGAAGAGAAAUGGAUGCUCUGCUGCAGAUGAAGAUUGAAGCCGAGAAGGUGACACUGUCAAACACGGAAAAGAGCAAACAGCUUCUUGAGUCUGAAGUGCAGAAAAUGAAACAACUUGCUGAGGAAGCCGCUAGACUGAGAUCAGUUGCUGAAGAGGCAAAGAAGCAGAGGCAGAUUGCAGAGGACGAGGCUGCGCAGCAAAGAGCUGAGGCAGAAAAAAUCCUCAAGGAAAAACUGGCUGCCAUCAAUGAGGCGACUCGACUGAAGACUGAAGCAGAGAUCGCCCUCAAAGCUAAGGAAGCAGAGAAUGACAGACUCAAGAGAAAAGCUGAGGAAGAAGCUUAUCAAAGAAAGCUGCUGGAGGACCAAGCUGCUCAGCACAAGCAAGAGAUUGAGGAGAAAAUCACACACCUUAAGAGCUCAUCUGACUCUGAGCUGGAGAGACAAAAAACUAUUGUGGAAGAAACGUUGAGGCAAAAGAAGGUAGUCGAAGAGGAGAUUCAUAUCAUCAGGAUCAACUUUGACAAGGCCUCAAAAGAGAAGUCAGAUUUAGAGGGCGAGUUAAAGAAACUGAAGGCCAUUGCAGAUGAGACAGAGAAGAGCAAGCUUCAGGCUGAAAAAGAGGCAGAGAAACUGAAAAAGCUUGCUGCAGAGGAAGAGAAGAAGAGGAAAGAGGCCGAGGAGAAGGUGAAGAGGAUAACUGCAGCAGAAGAGGAGGCAGCUCGUCAAUGCAAAGCUGCUCAGGAGGAAGUUGAACGCCUCAAAAAGAAAGCCGAUGAAGCAAAUAAGCAGAAAGAGCAAGCUGCCAAAGAGGCAGAGAAGCAGGUCAUUCUAGCCAAAGAGGCAGCACAAAAAUGCAGUGCUGCUGAGCAGAAAGCUCAGGAUGUUCUCAGUAAGAAUAAAGAAGACAGUCUUGCUCAGGAGAAGCUGAAAGAUGAAUUCAAAAAUGCUAAGAAACUUGCAGAAGCUGCUGAGAAGGCCAAAGAGAAAGCAGAGCAAGAAGCUGCCUUGUUCCGGCAAAAAGCCGAGGAGGCUGAAAAGCUGAAAAAAGCUGCUGAAGAAGAAGCUGCUAAGCAGGCCAAAGCUCAGAAAGAUGCAGAAAAACUGAGGAAAGAGGCGGAGGAAGAGGCCUCUAAGAGAGCUGCUGCUGAGGAAGCAGCGCUAAAGCAGAAGCAGCAGGCUGAUGCAGAGAUGGCCAAGCAUAAAAAAGAGGCAGAACAAGCACUUAAGCAGAAGUCGCAGGUAGAAAAGGAACUUAAACUGGUUAAACUCCAGCUGGAUGAAACCGAUAAGCAGAAGAAGGUGUUGGAUGAGGAGCUUCAGCGAGUCAAAGGUGAAGUGAAUGAUGCUGUCAAGCAAAAAGCACAGGUGGAGGAUGAACUGUCAAAAGUUAAGCUCCAGAUGGAGGAGCUUCUGAAACUUAAGAUCAAAAUUGAGGAAGAAAACCGGAACCUGAUGCAGAAGGACAAAGACAGUACACAGAAACUACUUGCAGAGGAAGCAGAGAAAAUGAAGAGCCUCGCAGAGGAAGCUGCUAGGCUCAGUGUGGAGGCUGAAGAAACUGCCAGACAAAGGCAGAUUGCUGAGUCUGACUUGGCUGAGCAGAGGGCCCUUGCAGAGAAAAUGCUGAAAGAGAAAAUGCAGGCCAUCCAAGAGGCUACAAAACUGAAAGCUGAAGCAGAGGAACUCCAGAAACAGAAAGACCAGGCACAGGAAAAGGCUAAAAAACUUUUGGAGGACAAAAAACAGAUCCAGCAGCGCCUUGAUAAAGAGACAGAGGACUUCCAAAAAUCACUGGAAGCCGAGAGAAAGAGGCAGCUCGAAGUUGCGUCUGAGGCCGAGAAACUGAAACUGAAGGUAAAAGAGCUCAGCUAUGCUCAAGCUAAAGCUGAAGAGGAGGCAAAGAAAUUCAAGAAACAAGCUGAUGAAGCAAAAACUCGUCUUAAAGAGACGGAAAAACAAACGACAGAAAUCGUCGUGCAAAAGUUGGAGACACAGAGGCUACAGAGCACAAGAGAAGCUGAUGACUUGAAAAAAGCCCUAAGUGACCUUGAAAAGGAGAAAGAGAAACUGAAAAAGGACGCAGAGGCACUUCAGAAGAAAUCUAAAGAGAUGGAAAAUGCCCAACAAGAGCAAAUUGAGCAGCAGAAAGCCAUACUUAAGCAAUCUUUCCUCACGGAGAAGGAGGUGCUGCUGAAAAGAGAAAAGGCCGUUGAAGAUGAGAAAAAGAAGCUCGAGAAGCAGUUUGAGGAUGAAGUAAACAAGGCCAGGGCUCUUAAAGAUGAACAAGAACGUCAGCGUAAGCUAAUGGACGAGGAGAGGAAGAAACUUCAGGCCAUUAUGGAUGAAGCUGUAAAGAAGCAAAAGGAGGCUGAAGCAGAAAUGAAAAACAAGCAGAAAGAAUUGGAGGUGCUUGAAAAGAAAAGGGUCGAACAAGAAAAACUCUUAGAAGAGGAGAACAAAAAGCUCAGAGAGAGACUUCAGAAUCUUGAGGUUGCUUCAAAGCAGGCUGCGUCCACAACGAAGGAGAUCGAAGUUCAGACUGAUGAGGUCCCAGAGGAGCAGCUCAUUGCUAUGACAAUGGUGGGAACAACAAAGAAGGUUUUCAAUGGUUCUGUUGAAGUGGAGGGAGUGAAGAAGGAUGGAGAAUCAGUGUUGGCGUUUGACGGAAUAAGAGAGAAGGUUCCCGCCGAAAGGCUUCAUGAUAUCGGUGUCCUGACCAAGAAGGAGUUUGAUAAAUUGAAAAAGGGCAAAGUCUCUGUACAAGAACUCGGAAAAACAGAGAAGAUAAAAGCAUAUCUUAAGGGGGAGAGCUGUGUUGGAGGCGUCCUGACUCCAUCCAAAGAGAAAAUGAGUGUCUAUCAAGCCAUGAUGGAGAACAAGAUUACUCCCAACACUGCUACAAUGCUCCUGGAAGCUCAAGCAGCAUCAGGCUACAUUGUCGAUCCAGUGAAAAACAAGCUUCUCUCCGUAGAUGAGGCUGUUAAGGAGGAGUUAAUCGGCCCUGAACUCCAUGACAAGAUGCUGUCUGCAGAGCGAGCAGCCACUGGGUUUAAAGAUCCCUUUACUGGAGCCAAAAUCUCUCUUUUUGAGGCCAUGCAGAAGGGACUUAUUGAGAAGGAGCAGGCCACCAAAUUCCUGGAUGUACAGCUUGCAACUGGUGGCAUUAUUGACCCCAUCAAUAGCCACAGAGUUCCACUUCAAACAGCCUACAAGCAGGGUCAGUUUGAUCCAGACCUGAACAAGAAACUCACCGAUCCCAGCGAUGACACCAAAUUAUUCAUUGACCCCAGCACUCAGGAGCAACUCACUUACAAACAGUUAUUGGCGAAAUGCACCAAGGAUGCAGAGACUGGCCUGCUGAUAUUGCCAGUGACAGAGAAAGCAGCUCAAACAGAGAGAACAUACACAGAUGAGGAGACUAAAGAGGUAUUCAGUAAAUCAAAUGUUGAUGUUCUUUUUGGAAGGUUCAAAGGAAAAACUGUCACCAUUUGGGAAGUCAUAAAUUCAGAAUAUUUCACAGAAGAACAAAGAAGAGAGCUGAUCCGUCAGUACAAGACUGGCAAGAUCACAGUGGAAAAGAUCAUCAAAAUUGUCAUCACUGUUGUGGAAGACAAGGAGAAGAACAAUGAAAAUGUAUUCAGUGGGUUGAGGGCUCCAGUCUCUGCCAAUGAACUUCUAGAGUCCAAGGUUAUAAAUAAAGACUUGUUCAACAAGUUGAGUAAUGGAAAGAUAACAGUUAAAGAGAUCUCUGAGAUGGAUCCUGUGAAGAAGGCGCUGCAUGGAACGCCUAGCAUUGCUGGACUGUUUUAUGAACCAACCAAGGAGAAGAUGCCUUUCUACCAAGCUAUGAAAAAAGAAUUACUUUCUCCAGAGACAGCCCUGAAUCUUCUUGAAGCUCAAGCGGGAACAGGUUUUAUAAUCGAUCCUGUAAAAAAUGAAAGAGUCCCUGUUGAUGAAGCUGUUAAGUCGGGUCUUGUUGGCCCAGAGCUACAUGAGCAACUUCUGUCAGCAGAACGAGCUGUCAGUGGCUACAGAGAUCCAUACACAGGAAAACAGGUGUCUCUAUUUGAAGCCAUGAAUAAAGGCCUUAUCAAGAGAGAACAUGGCAUCCGUCUGCUAGAAGCACAGCUUUCAACAGGUGGAAUUGUUGACCCCAUUAAAAGCUAUCGCAUCCCACAUGAGAUUGCCUGCAAGCGUGGAUAUUUUGAUGAGGAAAUCAGCAAGACCUUGAACACAAACACUGAUGAGACAAAGGUCUUCUAUGAUCCCACCUCACAAGGUGAUGCAACAUAUGCCCAGCUCUUGAAUAAAUGUGUCAUAGACAAAGAAACUGGACUCCCAUUGCUCUCCCUCUCAAAGAAGGCUUCAAAGCCAAAGGAAGACAAACAGAUUACAGAGGCUAAAACAAAGGAAGCCUUGAACCAAGCCACCAUGGAGCUGGAGUAUGGACCUUUCAAAGGGAGGAAAGUCACAAUCUGGGAAAUUAUACACUCUGAAUACAUCACUGAGGAACAAAGGAUACAACUGAUUCGCCAGUACAGAAUGGGACACGUGACAAUUGAGAAGCUGAUAAAGAUUGUGAUAACAAUGGUUGAUGAAAAGGAGGACAAAACAAAGGAAGAGGCCUGCUUUAAUGGCUUAAGGGCACCAGUCACUGCCAGCUCAUUACUCGAUUCCAACAUAAUCGAUAAGGCUACAUUCGAUCAACUCCUACAGGGUAAAAAGACGCCCAAAGAAGUCAGUGAAACUGAUAAAGUCAAGAAGUACCUUCAGGGCACAGACCGCAUUGAUGGUAUCACUAUGGAAGAUUCAGAUGAAAAGUUAAGCAUCUAUCAAGCAAUGAAAAAGGGUAUUUUGCAACAGAGCACUGGGCUCACAUUACUCGAGGCUCAAGCUGGAACUGGUUUCAUAACUGAUCCAGUCAAAAACCUGAGAUACUCUGUGGAUGAUGCUGUGAAAGUUGGAGUUGUUGGUCCAGAACUUCAUGAGAAACUUCUGUCAGCUGAAAAAGCAGUGAUAGGAUACAAAGAUCCAUAUACAGGCAAUAAAAUCUCUCUAUUGCAAGCCAUGAAGAAAGAGCUUGUAUUGAGGGAGCACGCCAUUCCUCUUCUUGAAGCUCAGUUUGCCACCGGAGGGAUGAUUGAUCCUGUCUGCAGCCAUCGUGUUCCCAAUGAUGUGGCUAUUCAGCGUGGCUACCUCAGCAAACAAAUGACUAAAUCUUUCAAUGAACCUACAGGUGAUGUUAAGGGCUUCACUAAUCCCAACACCAAUGAAAGAGUGACUUACAAGGAGCUGCUGAAGAAAUGCAGACGAGAUCCCAACACUGGUCUGUGCUACCUGCCUCUGUCAAAAGUCGAAGCUCCUGCUCCUGUUGAGAAAUCUUACCAGUACUCAGAGGAGCAAGCCCAAACAGAUCUAGCCAAUACUCAAAUUGAGAUCCCACUCAAGAGCUUUGCAGGAAAGAGUAUGACUAUUUGGGAAGUCAUGAACUCAAAUUUGCUUCCAGCAGAGGAGAGGCGCCGUCUCAUGGAGCAGUAUCGCUUGGGGCAAAUAACAAGGGAAAGAAUGCUAAUUGUCAUUAUUGAAAUAAUUGAACAAAGGGAGACGCUAAAGUCUGAGCAGGGUAUGUCAUGUGAUGUCAUCAGAAGAAGGGUUACAAUUGAUGAGCUGUACAAUGCUCGAAUUAUUGACUUGCACACAUACAACCUCCUGAAACAAGAAAAGAUGAAUAUUCGGGAAGUAAUGGAAAUGCCAUCAGUAAAGCAGUACCUGUUUGGUACUGGUUGCAUUGCUGGAAUUAUGUCAGACAGUCCUCCAAAGAUCAGCAUUUACCAGGCUAUGAAGAAUGGAAAGAUUAAGCCUGAAGUUGCUUUGAAUCUCCUCGAGGCCCAAGCAGCAACAGGUUUCAUGAUUGAUCCAGUUAAAGAUGAACUUCUAACAGUUGAUGAAGCUGUACGUAAGGGGCUCGUGGGCCCUGAACUUCAUGACAAACUUCUCUCUGCUGAGAGAGCAGUCACAGGUUACAAGGAUCCGUACAGUGGAAAAGUGAUUUCACUCUUCCAGGCAAUGAAAAAAGACCUCAUACCCGAAGACUAUGCCUUGAGGCUUUUGGAGGCCCAGAAUGCCACUGGAGGAUUGAUGGAUCCUGAAUACUACUUCCAUCUCCCCACAGAUGUUGCUAUGCAGCGUGGAUACAUCAACAAGGAGACACUUGAGAGAAUAACGGAGCCUACUGCAGAUGUGCGUGGUUACACUGAUCCAACAACUGAUGAGAAACAGUCCUAUGCCCAGCUACUAAAAAGAUGCAGAGUGGACAAAGAGAGCGGUUUGUGGCUGCUUUCGCUGGCAGACAGAAGGCUUCUCUUUAAGGGUCUCAGAAAACAAAUCACUGUAGAGGAGCUGCUCCGGUCGCAGAUUAUCAACCAAAAAACAUACAACGAGCUCACUGAGGGGGUCAUCACAAUGGAGGAGGUCAACAGGGACGUCAAGAAGUACCUUGAGGGGAUCAGCUGUAUUGCUGGCGUGUAUGUGGAAUCAAGCAAAGACCGUCUGUCAAUUUACCAAGCAAUGAAGAAAAACAUGAUCAGACCAGGGACUGCCUUUGAGCUCCUUGAGGCUCAGGCUGCCACAGGUUAUGUAAUUGAUCCAAUUAAAAACCUGAAACUAAAUGUCAAUGAAGCUGUUAAAAUGGGUGUUGUUGGCCCAGAAUUUAAAGACAAACUCCUCUCAGCUGAGCGAGCUGUCACAGGCUACAAAGACCCUUAUUCUGGCAAGGUUAUCUCUCUUUUCCAGGCCAUGAAAAAGGGACUGAUUCUGAAAGACCAUGGCAUCCGUCUGCUGGAGGCUCAGAUCGCUACUGGUGGAAUAAUUGAUCCACAGGAGAGCCUUCGUUUGCCAGUAGAAACCGCGUACGAACGUGGCCUCUUUGAUGAAGAAAUGAAUGCUAUUCUCACUGACCCUUCUGAUGACACAAAGGGCUUCUUUGACCCCAACACUGAGGAAAACCUCACCUACCUGCAGCUGAUGGAGCGAUGUAUGAUAGACCCAGAGACUGGCCUUGCUCUUCUACUGCUCAAAGAAAAGAAACGUGAGAGGAAGACAUCGUCCAAGUCUUCUGUUCGCAAACGAAGGGUCGUUAUUGUCGACCCAGAGUCAGGCAAAGAGAUGUCUGUGUAUGAGGCUUAUCAGAAAGGACUUAUUGACCACCAGACUUAUCUAGAACUUGCAGAGCAGGAGUGUGAAUGGGAGGAAAUUACCAUCACGUCAUCUGAUGGAGUUGUGAAAUCCAUGAUCAUUGAUAGGAGGUCUGGUCGGCAGUAUGAUAUCGAUGAUGCAAUCUCAAGGGGCUUGAUUGAUAAGUCGGCCCUGGAUCAGUACCGAUCAGGAAUGCUGUCCAUCACAGAAUUUGCAGACAUGCUGUCUGGAAAUAUGAGUGGAAGUAGAUCACGGUCAUCCUCCUUUGGCUCCUCUUCCUCCUACCCCAUGAGCCCAAUACCUUCCAUAAAAACACCAGCAACCACAUGGAACGACCCAACAGAGGAAACUGGCCCUAUAGCUGGAAUCUUAGACACAGACACACUGGAGAAAGUGUCUGUCACGGAGGCCAUUCACAGAAAUCUUGUGGACAAUAUAACAGGUCAACGGCUGCUGGAAGCUCAGGCCUGCACAGGAGGCAUCAUCGACCCAAACACCGGAGAGAAAUUCACAGUUGCAGAUGCAAUGAAUAAAGGGCUUGUGGAUAAAAUUAUGGUGGACCGUAUCAGUUUAGCCCAGAAGGCCUACAAUGGAUUUGAAGAUCCCAGGACUAAAACCAAAAUGUCAGCAGCCCAAGCCCUGAAGAAAGGCUGGCUGUACUAUGAGGCCGGACAACGGUUCCUAGAGGUCCAGUAUCUCACCGGUGGGUUGAUUGAACCGGAUGCUACAGGCAGAGUCUCCAUAGAUGAGGCCGUGAGGAAGGGCGCCUUAGAUGCGCGCACUGCACAGAAGUUACGAGACGUUAGUGCAUAUUCAAAAUACCUCACGUGCCCUAAAACCAAGCUGAAGAUCUCCUACAAGGAUGCAAUGGAAAGGAGCAUGACGGAAGAGGGGACUGGUCUGCGACUACUUGAAGCGUCCUCUCAGUCAAGCAAAGGCCUUUACAGUCCCUACAGCAUCAGUGGGUCCGGCUCUGCUACUGGUUCACGAUCUGGCUCUAGAACUGGUUCCAGGUCAGGCUCCAGAAGAGGCAGCUUUGAUGCCACAGGAUCAAGCUUCACAACAACAACAACCUUCUCCUCUUCUUCCUACAGUUCACCAAGCUAUGGCCGCCGAUACUGAACUGAAAGGAAUGAAUUUCUAAGGGAAGGAUAUGCUAUAAAGCCACAAUGCUCACCAGAUGCCUAACUCUCAGUGGAAUAAAGACUACCUUUAUUCUGCUCUGCAUGGGGCUGUUACAUAACUUUCAAUAUUUAAUUUUUAAGUUGAAUAAUUUUGUUUAUUUUAUAUGUCACAUUUACAUUUAGUGUUUAUGCUAUCUCAGCAGACUUUCUGAUUAUGUACUGUAAGCAGUUAGCAACCGCUCUUUAUUUCUAGUCUCUAUCACAGAUGUUUCAAACGUACACGAUAUUUUUAAGUUUAACAUCAUAAGCAUUUACUGUUCCAAAAACACUCAAAUGAAACACUGUGCUACACUGUAACCAAAAGUGUUCAUGACCCGUAGCUUAAACCGUUAGAACCAAAUUGGAUGUACAAACUAAAAUUCCUGUACAUGUGUAUAUUUCUGAAUAUUGAGAAAACUUUAGUAAAGAAAGCAAGAAAGAUAAAAGCAACUCUGCAGAGCAGAAUAUCUAGUCUCCUGAAGAUGAAUAACACUUUAAGGAUGCCAAGCUUCAAGAUCUUUUCUCUCCUGGGCAGCACUGCCGUAAACACUCUGCCAGUAUCCGAAGUCUUCUCCAUUCCCAUUUGUCUGUCUUUAAACCUGGACUUCCAAGAGUAAACUCCCACAAAUGAAACAAUAAUGUAGCUUUAUAUGGCCAUUAUCACCAUCAGACACUUCUGGACUCUACAUAUUAAACUUCAAGACCAACACAAUUAAAUCCCAGCCUUUCCAGACACUUUAAAAGCUCACCUUGCUCAGAUGUCUUCCAGAGACCCAUGGUGUAAUUUUGACUUUGACCUUCACUGUAAUUGAGGACUUUAUGCAACAGCACUGAAACACAUUUGUGCAUAUGAUGUUUUAUCAGUUUCUUUUAACAGUGGACCAUUUUGAGACUUGCAUCUAACCUUGAGCUCAUUUAAAGGCCUAAACCAUGCUUUGUAAGUGCCUGCAAAAAUACUGUUUAACACUUUACUGGGAUGAUGAGUAUGAGGAGAUGGUGCAGUGGUCACACUGUAAACUGACUGAAGAAGCAGUGCUACCCAUAAUUUAAUGAAUAGUUUGUUAUCAGGUAAGCCUUUUUACUGUCUGUUACAGUAUGUCACAAAUAUUUCAAGUAUUUUUUUUUUCCCUUCAGUGGCAAAUGUAAUGUCUGUACUGUACAUUGAUGAUUAUAUAGAGCGCAGUUGCUAUAAGCCAUGAGUUGGCAUUUCUUUGAGAAAGACCUUUAAGCUUCGCACCAGACCCAGUAUUUGUAUUUUACACUACAUAAAGCUGUUUGAUUUAAAAUUUCCUUUGUAAACACAUCGGAUCUGUAUCAUUUUAUUUUCGUACUCUAAACUUUGCAUGAAUUACUAACAUUUAAAAGGUGCAAAAACGAAAUCCAUCUGUAUCCAUUAAAGCAUUUUGUUUUCUUAUGUUUCAAAAGGUUUGAAGGAUGUAUUUUACUGAGGGUCAUCAAGCCUUGUUUAAAAUGGUGUAUUUAUAAUACAAAUGGUGACAUGGAAUUUUAAUGUAAUACCCACCGUGUGUAAAUAAACAGGAAAAUUAAA